UCCCUCCAACGCCACUUCCCCUCAGUCCCUCUUGCUCUACACAUACACACCACGAACACCCUCUGGGAGCUUGUCUAUCAAAGGAGUCUCCCCACUGCUUGAUGUUUGGAGCCUUUAGGUUUGCCCGAGACCAGAGAGCUUCCUCUUGAGAGUGUCCUGAAUGGAGGCUGUCGCCAAAUACGAGUUCACUGGGGCUGGAGAGGAUGAGUUGAGCUUCAGGAAGGACGACAUCCUUAAGGUGCUGAGCACUGAGGACGACUGGUACAAAGCUGAGAUCCAUGGACAAGAGGGAUUUGUGCCGAAGAACUACAUUGAAAUCAACUUCCCCAGCUGGUACCACGCUGGGAUCGCACGGAAUGAAGCGGAGUGCAUUCUUUUGGAGCAAGAUGUCGGAGCGUUUCUCAUCAGGGCCAGUCAGAGUGCCAAGAACGAGUUCUCCAUCUCGGUCAGGCACCAGGACGACGUCCAACAUUUUAAGGUCCUGCGGGAUGGCAAGGGUCACUACUUUCUGUGGUCGGAGAAGUUUGAGUCCCUGAAUAAACUGGUGGAAUAUUACAAAGUCAGCUCCAUCUCCAAGACCACGCAGAUCUACCUGAGGGACGAGAAGAAGGAAACAAAGGGAGGCCACAUCCCCCUUGAACCACGGACGGCGGGCGCUCGGAUGCAGGACUACCGAAACCCUGAACCCCAAAUGCCGGAUCCACGGAUGCCGGGCUCCCGAAUGUUAGCCCCCCGAAUGAUGGAUUCUGGAAUUCCCGAUUCCCGAAAGCUGGAUUCCCGAAUGCUGGAUUACCGAAUGCCGGAUCCCCGAAUGCCCGAUCCCCGAAUCCCGGAACCCCGAAUGCUGGUUCCCCGGAUGAUGGAUUUGGGAAUGCCGGAUUUGGGAAUGCCGGAUCCCCGCAUGGCGAGCCUGAGAAUGCCGGACCCUCGGCCGGAUUCCCGGAUUCUAAACCCUCGCCUGGCGGAUUCCCGGACGCCGGUCCCUCGGAUUCUGGAAUCCCGGGCUUCCGAUUGCCGGAUGCCGAACCCUCGGAUGCUGGAAUCCCGGGCUCCGGAUUGCCGGUUGCCAGAGCCGCGGAUGCCGGCCUCGCUGGGUCUCGGCGGCCAUUCCAAUGAGGCCUCCGUCCGGAGAGGAGGCAUGCCACAGCCGUCCUUCGGUGAGGUUUCGCCUCGGUUCCGGCAGUCCUGUAGCCCGCAGCCGCCUUUCCAGGAGGGUCCACCGGUGGCCAGGAAGGUCAAUGACUGCCCACCCAUGCAGAAGGCCAGGCGUGUCCGCGCCAUGUUCGAUUUCGCAGCCGAGGCUGACGACGAGCUGGAGUUCAAGAGUGGCGAGAUUAUCGAGGUCCUGGACACCACGGACCCCUCGUGGUGGAAGGGCAGCCUGCGGGGGCGGCUCGGCCUCUUCCCCAGUAACUAUGUGUCGUCCAUCAACCGGUGACAUCCCGCCUGCCUCUGUCCGGAGCGUCGGCCUUUCCUCUCCCUUCCCGCAAAACAGCGGCCAAUAAACUAUUUGCCUUCUCGUGAACUUUCUAAAUCGUUGUGGUGUGUGAUGUCCCUGGAUCAUAGAACCGAUUUAGUUCAUUGUCACGUGUACCGAGUUAAGUCAAGUCAAGUCAAGUUUAUUUGUCACAUACACAUACGAGAUGUGCAGUGAAAUGAAAGUGGCAAUGCUCGCGGACUUUUGUGCAAAAGACAAACAACAAAACAACCAAACAAAUUAUAAACACAAUCAUAACACACAUAUUCUUUUACAUAAUAAAUAAUAGAAGGAAAACCGUUCUGUAGAGUUAGUCCCUGGUGAGAUAGGCGUUUACAGUCCGAAUUGCCUCUGGGAAGAAACUCCUUCUCAACCUCUCCGUUCUCACUGCAUGGCAACGGAGACGUUUGCCUGACCGUAGCAGCUGGAACAGUCCGUUGCAGGGGUGGAAGGGGUCUCUCAUGAUUUUGUUUGCUCUGGAGUUGCACCUCCUGUUGUAUAGUUCCUGCAGGGGGGUGAAUGAAGUUCCCAUAGUGCGUUCGGCCGAACGCACUACUCUCUGCAGAGCCUUCUUGUCCUUGGCAGAGCAAUUCCCAAACCAGAUGUUAGUCAUAAGGGAUAGGGGUAGAAUUAGGCCAUUUGGCCCAUCACGUCUAUUCAACCAUGGCUGAUCUAUCGCCCCCUCCUAACCCCAUUCUCCUCAUCCGUACUAAUCAAGAAUCCAUCCACUCCUGCCUUAAAUAUAUCCACCGACUUGGCCUCCACGGCCUUCAGUUGCAAAGAACUCCAUUGAUUCACCACCACCCUCUGACUUUUGUUGCGUGCUAUCCAGUCAGCGGAAAGACAAUACAUGAUUACAAUCGGGCCGUUUACAGUGUUUAGAUACGUGAGCAGGGAAUAACGUUUAGUGCAAGGUGAAGCCGGCAAAGUCCGAUCAAGGAUAGUCCGGACGAAUAGACAGAACCAGUUCCCAUUGAGAAUUCCCUUGCUUAACUGAUCUUUAUUUGAACCUGGGAAUCCUGACCAGUCACUCAGUCCCACCAAGCUUGGAGGUUAGUACGUUCAUAAGAUAUAGGAGCAGGAUUAGGCCAUUCGACCCAUCGAGUCUACUCCGUCAUUCAAUCAUGGCUGAUCUAUCUUUCCCUCCCAUUCUCCUGUCUUCCCCCCCAAUAACACUUGACACCCUCAUCAUCUGCAAAUUUGCUAAUGUUACUUUGAAUCCCUUCAUCCAAAUCAUCUAUGUAUAUAGUAAAUAGCUGCAGUCCCAGCACCGAGCCUUGCGGUACCCCACUAGUCACUGCCUGCCAUUCUGAAAGGGACCCGUUAAUCCCUACUCUUUGUUUCCUGUCUACCAACCAAUUUUCUAUCCAUGUCAGCACUCUACCCCCAAUACCAUGUGCUCUAAUUUUGCCCACUAAUCUCCUAUGUGGGACCUUAUCAAAUGCUUUCUGAAAGUCCAGGUACACUACAUCCACUACUACUGGCUCUCCCUUGUCCAUUUUCCUAGUUACAUCCUCAAACAUUUCCAGCAGAUUAGUCAAGCGUGAUUUCCCCUUCGUAAAUCCAUGCUGACUCGGACCAAUCCUGUUACUGCUAUCCAAAUGUGCGGCUAUUUCAUCUUUUAUAAUUGACUCCAGCAUCUUCCCCACCACCGAUGUCAGGCUAACUGGUCUAUAAUUCCCUGUUUUCUCUCUCCCGCCUAUCUUAAAAAGUGGGAUAACAUUAGCUAUCCUCCAAUCCACAGGAACUGAUCCUGAGCCCAUAGAACAUUGGAAAAUUAUCACCAAUGCAUCCACAAUUUCUAGAGCCACAUCCUUAAGUAUCCUGCUCGUUUCCAUGAUGUAUCUCUAAAUUAAACCAAGUUUGUCACUCAAUGGCCUUUCCACAAUAAACUUCCAUGAAGCCAAGUUGAGCCAAGUUGAGUUUAUUGCCAUGUGGGCAAGUACGUUGAGGCCCUGGUACAAUGGAGAGACAUUUGCACCAUUAUAUAAGGCCUU